AUGCAUCUCUUACUCGUCAAUCCUAAUAGUACGAAGUCUAUGACUGAGGCUGCGGCCAAGCAAGUCGAGCACCACUUAAACCAGGUGUACCCGGGCUCUCACCGCAAUAUUAAAAUAUCACUUUUCACUGGUCCCCCUGAUGCGCCUCCCGAGAUAGACGGUGAGGAAACCAGCUUAGAAUCAACUCGCAAGUGUCUUCCUCUCCUGUGCGAACGUCGCCCUGCCGCUGCCACUGCCGAUAACCUACAAUAUUUCGACACUUUCGACGGCGUUCUUGUAGCGUGCUUUUCAGACCAUCCACUGGUGUGCGAACUGCUGGCCAAGACCGAGCGUUCGACGCCCGUAACUGGCAUUUUCCACGCAUCAGUGACCGUUUGCUUAUCGAGGCCUGGGUCGCAAUUCUCGAUCAUCACCUCGAAUGACGAGUGGGUUGACCUGCUCGAUGCCGGUGCAGAGCGCCUUUUGGGAGCCUCCAGACCCUAUGCGACGUCGAGCUGUCCCUUCAAAGGCACCGUAGCUUCCUCAGUGCCCGUACUGGACCUACACAAUCCACAGAAUUUGCAUGCGAUUGCCAAGCGUAUUUACCAAGAAAACGUGCAGCGUUUACGCACAUCUACAAUCAUACUGGGAUGUGCCGGGUUUUCCGGCAUGGAAACACCCUUGAAGGAUGAAAUUCGCAAGAUCGCGCUACAAGAGGACCCUAGCAAUCAGCUUCAUGUGACUCUUGUCGAUAGCGUUAUUUGCGGUAUCGAAACUCUAGCCCUGAUGUGCAGAUUGCAAUUAAGUGUGGGUGAAUGA